ACAAUCAGAUUUGGAGCUUGCUUCUUGGUUGGAAACUAUACUCUCGGGGAAAGACAAACGUGUAGUGCAGCACAUGUGUUCGAUGAUUUAUAACCUGUGGAGGGCUAGAAACCUAAGAGUUUUUCAAUCAAAAUCCCUCACUCCCAUGGAGGUUGCAAAGAUGGCGGAGGAUCUCGUGUUUGAUUUCAACAAAUGGAAUCCGGAGGUGUGUAUCAAGAACAGAAUCCCCGAGUGCAAUGACAACAAAGUGCAGGGAGUUUGUAUCAUCCAAGUAGACGCUAGUGUUUUUGAAGAGGGAUGCAUUUCUUUUGGGUGCAUUAUCAAAGAUGAAGAUAUAAUCGUUUUGUCGGCGUGCAAGGUAGAAGCGAUGAACGUCGAGGUGGCCAUGGCAGAAACAUUGGCAAUUAGGUGGAGUCUGAAUCUGGCCAGAAGUAAAAACAUAGAAAAGGUCUUGGUGCAGUCCGAUUGUUUAUCUGCGGUCGACUGCAUAAACUGUUUUUCAAACAUUGCGGUUCUAGAACCAAUUGCAGCUGACUGUAGGAAUUUGUGUAAUAGUUUUAACUGUGCUUUUGUUGUUUUUAUUCCUAGAUCACAAAACUUUGUUGCUCAUAACCUUGCUAGGUGUGGGUAUAGGGAAGGUGACUGUAUGUGGGAGGGAGAGACUCCUGCACUUUUUGUAUCUGAUCCUCCUUUCAAUUAA